AGACUUGAUUUUACUUCCUGGAUAGCGUGCGGAUGAGACCUAUCUGCUGGUCUACUUGGUGCUUCCCUAUAUCAGAUAUCUAGUUUUCACCUCUGCCAAGAUGCCAAUCCUGCCCCGUUGGGUGCUUCUGGGCCUCUGUAUGGCUGUACCAGUCCGGCAAGCAGCAGAAGGCCAAUUCCCACCCCCCUGUGACAGCAAGAUCUAUUGUACUGGAGAGCUCCUGAGGCAGGUCCAGAUGGCGAAGCUCUUUGCUGAUGACAAACACUUUGUGGAUAUGCCACUCCGGGAGAGCCCAGAAGUUGUUCUGGAGCACUUUCAGCAGCUGAUGAACACAACACCUGGUGGGGCCCUGUCCAAGCAGCAGCUGACAGAAUUUGUGGAGUCCCACUUCUCUCCCCCCGGACAGGAGUUUGAGCCCUGGGUGCCCCCAGACUGGACAGAACGCCCUCAGCUCCUGAACAGGAUUUCAGAUCCAAAACUGGAGUCGUGGGCCCUGGACUUAAAUGCGAAGUGGAAACAGCUGGGAAGGAAGAUCCCAGCGGAGGUAAAAAUCAGCCCUGAACGUUACUCCCUGAUGUAUGUGCCUAACCCGUUGAUAGUGCCAGGGGGUCGGUUCAUUGAAUACUAUUAUUGGGAUUCCUUCUGGGUGAUUGAGGGCCUGCUGCUGUCUGAUAUGGUCGCCACAGCUCAGGGCAUGAUCCAGAACUUCCUUUACCUUGUGGACAAAUUUGGGCACAUCCCCAAUGGAGGCCGCAUCUAUUAUGAGCGACGGAGCCAGCCACCCUUCCUUACCCUCAUGGUAGAGAGUUACUUGAAACACACCAAUGACAUGGCCUUUCUCAGAGACAACAUUCAUCUUCUAGAGGCUGAGUACCAGUUUUGGCAGGAGCACCGAGCUGUCAAUGUCACCGCCGCAGGCAAGAAGUACCUCUUAAAUCGCUACAACAUCAGAGUCGGGGAGCCCAGACCAGAAUCCUACAGUACAGAUGUGGAACUGGCAGUGGGCAUGGAUGAAGAAGCCCAGCAGAAUCUUUGGGCAGAGCUGAAAGGUGCAGCAGAGUCUGGCUGGGAUUUCUCGUCACGUUGGUUCCUACCAGGGCCGCCUCCCCUGCCGGCCACACGGAAAGACACUCAGACCAGCGCGGUGGUACCUGUUGAUUUGAACGCCAUCCUUUGCAGAGUCGAGCAGCUGCUGGCCUCCUUUUAUAAGGCUCUGGGAAACAGCAAGAAAGCCAACUGGUUCCAGGCAGCCCACGAGUACCGAGUGUCUGCAGUCCAGGCUGUUCUGUGGAAUGAGAAUGCUGGGGUCUGGCUAGACUACAACCUUGCACGACAGAGGCACAAUGAGGCCUUUUACCCAUCCAACCUCACCCCUCUGUGGGCAGAGUGUGGUGUGGAACCAGCUACUACUGAAAGGGCUCUUCUCUAUCUGGAGAAGUGUUCUGCUCUGUCUUAUACCAAUGGGAUACCCACAUCGCUAGCCAGUACAGGGGAACAGUGGGAUCUUCCAAAUGCUUGGGCCCCUUUGCAGUAUCUGGUGAUUAAAGGUCUAGACAAGUCUUCAUCUCCCCGGGCUCGUAACCUGGCUUUUAACUUGGCACAGAACUGGGUGAACACGAACCUGGCUGUCUAUGGGAAGUACCAUGCCAUGUUUGAAAAGUAUGAUGUGGAAGGAGAUGGGAAACCAGGCUCUGGUGGUGAAUAUGAAGUACAGGAGGGUUUUGGAUGGACCAAUGCUGUGAUCCUUCAGUUUCUGGAUAUGUAUGGUGACCGUCUCAAGGCAAUGAGCUCGUCUGGGGUCUGAAUUGGGGCCUUCCUCCGAUGCUUUGUUAUAUAGCAGCCAUUUUUGGUUUGAGUUUGGGAGAUGAUGGUGGGGCUUUAUCCUGACACCCUUUCCCCAGAACCUUCUCCAAAAAAACAGAUUUCUCUUUGACCUCAUCCUAUAAGACAGUCCUGAAUUUUGGCUUUAGGUGAGGACAGUGACAGUGAAUAAAAUUUGAUUGCUUC